AUGGACUUCAACACAAGUGUUCUCCUGCUGCUGCUGCUUCUGGGCUUCUCUAAAGCUCACGAUGACAAUGACCAAGGGGCUGUUCAUGACCUAUCAAUGGACCAGUCUGCAAAGGAAGACUUCACUGCAACUAUUCUGAGGAUGAACAAUGGCUCCAGUGAUUUUCUGCUGGAAGGCGACGUGAUGAUUCCAAACACCAGGAACGCCAUGAAGUGCUUUAAUGAAAAGUACUCCUGCCUGUGGCCAAAGUCUGCAAACGGAUAUGUGGAAAUCCCUUUCAUUCUGAGUGAAAAAUACGACUACUCGGAGAAGACGCAGAUUAUAGCUGCCAUGAGGGGCUUUCAAUCAAAAACCUGCGUUCGCUUCAUGCCACGUGCGACUCAGAGAGCGUACUUAAGUAUUGAACCGAGAUAUGGAUGCUCCUCUUUGCUGGGUUACACCGGAGACAAGCAGGUGCUGUCACUGCAGAGAUACGGCUGCAUAAACAACGGCAUCAUCCAGCACGAGAUGCUGCACGCGCUCGGUUUCUACCACGAACACACCCGCAGCGACCGCGACCAGUACAUCAGGAUCAACUGGGAAAACAUAAAUAAAUAUUUUGUCUACAACUUCCGUAAAAUGGACACGGAUAAUCUCAACACUCCGUAUGACUAUUCCUCUGUGAUGCACUACGGAAGAACUGCCUUUGGGAUGCAGCGCAAGGAAACUCUAACUCCAACCUACGACCCGUCUGCUACCAUCGGGCAGAGGGAGGGUUUGUCCAAAAUCGACAUUUACAGGAUCAACAAGCUCUACAGGUGCUGGGGCUUCAGUGGAUAGAGGAUGACGUCAUUAUAUUUCCAUUCUGACACCUGUCACGGUCAUGCGACAGAACAAUAAUUAAAAGUUGACAUCUGAUGAAUCUAUUGUCUCGUCUUUUUUACGUAACAAAGUCAGCCGAAUAAAUUUGGGGAUCAUUUAUGAGACAGAAAGACUGCGUUUCAAACUGGGGGCAGCGUUUGAUCGACGCAGGCAUUUAUUCGUCGGGACAGAUCAAACAAAAGACACACUCAAAUCAAAUUAUGGGACGUGUAGCAACGUUAAAGCACUGCGAGGCAAAAUAUGUUCACUCCUCCACAUCAAUUUUGACUGGUUUUGUUUGUCUCUUUGCAAGCCCGCGACGUCACAGACGCUGAAAUGUAGAAAUAAAUGGGGUUCAUUGACUC